CAUAGCAGUUACACGCAUGCGAGAUACAUGCGCGACGAACACGUUGAGUCGCAGGCAUGGCGGAUGGAAAGGAGAGCGACAGUAGUGUGGGGCCAGAGGCGACGGCACUGAAUGAGACUGAAGUUGCGUUUGCUGGUGAAGAUGAAAAGGAUACUCCAAAGACCUUCAAAGAUCUUGGGGUAACAGAUGUGCUGUGUGAAACCUGUGAGCAGCUCGGAUGGAAACAUCCCACAAAGAUCCAGGUGGAGGCUAUACCUGUAGCCCUUGAAGGACGUGAUGUCAUCGGCUUGGCUGAGACCGGCUCGGGGAAGACGGGGGCCUUCGCCCUGCCCAUCCUGCAGUCACUUCUCUCUUCGGCCCAGAGGCUCCAUUCCCUGGUCCUGACUCCCACCAGGGAGCUGGCUUUCCAGAUCGGCGAGCAGUUCGAGGCCUUGGGGUCCAGCAUCGGCGUGAAGACCGCUGUCAUUGUUGGCGGAAUUGAUAUGAUGUCCCAGUCGAUCUCAUUGGCCAAGAAACCUCACGUUGUCAUUGCCACUCCUGGCCGGCUGAUAGACCACCUGGAGAACACGAAAGGCUUCACGCUGCGUGCUUUGAAAUUCCUGGUGAUGGACGAGGCAGACAGGAUCCUCAACAUGGACUUUGAGACAGAGGUGGAUAAGAUCCUGAAGGUGAUUCCCAGGGAAAGACGUACAUUCCUCUUCUCCGCCACAAUGACUAAGAAGGUUCAGAAGUUACAGAGAGCAGCCCUGAAGGACCCAGUCAAGUGUGCUGUGUCAACCAAGUACACCACAGUGGACAAGCUGCAACAGUAUUACAUCUUCAUACCAUCCAAGUACAAGGACUGUUACCUGGUGUCCAUUUUAAACGAGCUGGCAGGAAACUCCUUCAUGAUCUUCUGCAGCACCUGCAAUAACGCCCAGCGGGUGGCACUCAUGCUGCGGAACCUGGGCAUCACCGCCAUUCCCCUGCAUGGACAGAUGAGCCAGAACAAGCGGCUUGGGGCCCUGAACAAGUUCAAGUCCAAGUCUCGCUCUGUCCUGCUGGCCACAGACGUGGCAUCCAGGGGCCUCGACAUUCCGCACGUUGACUGUGUCAUCAACUACGACAUCCCCACCCACUCCAAGGAUUAUAUCCACAGAGUAGGCCGCACGGCGAGGGCAGGCCGUUCUGGGAAGUCCAUCACUUUCGUCACACAGUAUGACGUCGAGCUGUUCCAGCGAAUCGAAAGCCUGAUAGGGAAGAAACUGCCCGCCUUCCCCACACAGGAAGAGGAAGUGAUGAUGCUGGUGGAGCGAGUGAGUGAGGCGCAGCGCUUUGCUAGAAUGGAAAUGAAAGAACAAGGGGAACAGCGGAAGCGACCCAGAGGAGGGGAGGGAGAGGGGGACGACACAGAACAGUCGAGCGGAGUGAGGAAGAAGGUUAAAGGAGGGAAAGGAUCCGGGAAGGGCAAGGCGGCAGGCAGAGGGCGCUAGAGAUGCAGAAAUAAACAUUUUGAAGAACUUGUACAUAUUACAUAUCUCACCCCUGUCUUCUGUUCCUCGGUGUUUCGCUCAGAAACUCUAUGAUGAGUUUAGUUUAUUUUAAGUCUAAAUGUUCCUUUGAAAGUUUGCAGUUGAUUGCAACAGAAGUUGCUGAACAUCACUGGAAUUUGUCUCAGGUAGUUUUCAAAGCUACCAAUACCAAUGUUUCUUUAGUUGCACAAACUAACACACUUUCUGAGGUAACAAUGUCUCCUGUUUCUAAUUAUUUAUAUUGUACAGCAGUAAUCAAAAUAACUUUUCUAUCCUGGAACAGUCAGCUGCGAAGUCAUGAAAUGCAACACUGUGUAAAAAAAACAUACUGGCAAUUAAAGGUUGUGCAGAUUGUUCUUAUUUUGAA